AAUUGACGGAGGUUGAACUUUGGAUAUGGUGGGCUUUUGAUUUAGAUGUCAUCUGAGAGGGGAAGCCUUUCUGAAGUUCAAAUUAAACUUGUGGUUAAACGUGCACAUCUUGAUCAAUCAUUGGAUUGGAAUUCAUUGGCUAGAGCACAACUAAACAAGUGUAAAUUUAAUUUUACUGCUGAAGUUCUACCACCAGGAACAUCUGCUAUACCAGCUAUAAAUUCUAUUCCAUUCUAUGUCACUCCUAUUGUACGUGGUCCACGUCCUUAUUUCGAUCAAAUUGUCAGUUUCAAAGCUGAUGUUGAUAGUAUUAUAGAAUUUCGUCUUUCUGUACGUGACAGUAAACGUGAUGAAGGUACUGAAGUUGGAUAUGGUCGAUUUACUGUUCGCAGUGUUGCAGCUACCAAUGGAAAUCAAUUGAGCAAUUUGGCAUUUUCACAACCAAUUAAACCACUUCCAUGGUUGCAUAAUUCUACUAUUUCUUCAUCGAGUUCAUUAGGCAGUAUUGAUUUGUCAAUUUCUGUGCCAAUACGUGAUUUAAGCAGUGCAUUAUUAGCUCAACAUUUGUCUAGAUCAAUAUCCAGAAUAACAGCCAAUUCUGUUAAUGGUCGUCAUACUUCUGGAUCACAAUCAGAAUCAACUUCAAAUAUUACAGUAAGAUCACCGUCUACUGAUCGUACGAUGAAUAAUCACUUGGUAGACAGUGGUGGCGGGGUUGGGCCAACUUUAAACCCAUCUGCUAAUCACAGUAAUAAUAAUAAUAACACAGAGAAUGCCAAUGACUCCUCGUUACCACCUGGUUGGGAAGCUAAAUAUACUUCAGAAGGACGAAUAUAUUAUGUGGAUCAUUUAACGAAAACAACAACAUGGUGUAAACCUACUCCACUUCCACCUGGAUGGGAACGAAGAACAGAUAAUGUUGGUCGAGUAUAUUAUAUCGAUCAUAAUACUCGAACUACAACAUGGCUUUGUCCAAAUCAAACACUUUUAAAUACAGUACAAAAUUAUCAACAAAUGACUGCUUCACGAAAUGGUAUUAUGCAACAACGAAUGAAUGAACGUUAUGCGAAUGCUGUUUGGAAUUUAGGUGAAUCAGAACCACUAGACGCUAGUUCACGAACAAAUACUUCAACUGGUGGUGUAAUGGAUCCAUUAGGUCCUCUACCAGCUAACUGGGAACGACGUGUUGACAUAUCUGGCCGUUCGUAUUUUGUUAAUCAUGUUAGUCGAAUCUCUCAAUGGGAAGAUCCUCGUAUACAAGGUCAUCCAUUACCUCCUGGUUGGGAAAUUCGUUAUACAACUGAAGGAUUUCCAUUUUUUGUUGAUCAUAAUACUAAAACAUCGACAUUCAAUGAUCCCAGACGAAAAGAUGCAAGUGGAAAUAUUGAACAAGCAUGGUCAUUUGAAAAUAAAGUCGCCAGUUUCCAUUAUCUUUGUCAUUCAAAUUUGGUGACAAAAAAUGUGAAAGUUGUUGUGUCCCGUAGUAAUCUUCUAGUGGAUUCAUUUGAACAAAUUAUGCGAUUGAAACCACAUGAAUUACGUUGUCGUUUGUUCAUUUCAUUUACUGGCGAAGAAGGUUUAGACUAUGGCGGGUUAUCACGAGAGUGGUUUUUCAAAUUAUCUACAGAAUUAUUAAAUCCAAUGUAUUGUUUAUUUGAAUACGCCGGUGGUAAUAAUUAUGCAUUACAAAUUAAUCCUGCAUCAUCGGUUAAUCCGGAACAUUUGGAAUAUUUUCGAUUUGUUGGACGAUUUAUUGCUUUAGCAUUAUAUCAUUCUAGAUUUAUUGAUAAUGGUUUCACUUUACCAUUUUAUAAACGUAUGUUAAAUAAAAAUAUCACUUUAGCUGAUAUUGAAACAGUUGAUGUGGAAUAUUAUAAUUCAUUGAAAUUUAUUCAAGAGAAUAAUAUCGAUGAAUGCGGAUUAGAUGUCUACUUUGCUAUGGAUUAUGAAGUAUUGGGUGAACUACGAACGCAUGAAUUGAAACCAGGCGGUAGAGAUAUUCUAUUGACUGAUGCAAAUAAAGCUGAGUAUAUUGAUCUAAUGGUUAAUUGGAGAUUUUCUCGUGGAGUAGAAGAUCAAACAAAUGCAUUCCUUACUGGUUUCGAAGAUGUAUUUCCUCUUCAAUGGUUACAAUAUUUUGAUGAACGUGAAUUAGAAGUUUUAUUAUGUGGUAUGCAACAAAUCGAUGUAGAUGAUUGGCAAUCGCAUACAACUUAUAAAAAAUACGAUGCUCGAUCUCCACAAGUUUUAUGGUUUUGGAAAUUCGUUCGAAGUUUAACUCAACAAAGACGUAUUCGAUUACUUCAGUUUGUCACUGGCACAUGUCGUGUCCCUGUUGGAGGAUUUAAAAAUCUUAUGGGUAAUAAUGGUCCACAACCAUUUUGUAUUGAAUAUAUUGGUAAAGAUUCAUGGCUACCUCGAAGUCAUACAUGUUUCAAUCGAUUAGAUCUACCACCAUAUCGAUCAUAUGAACAAUUAGCUGAGAAAUUAUCUUAUGCAAUUGAUGAAACAGAAGGUUUUGGACAAGAAUAAAACUUUCUUUUUAUGAUUUUAAAAAAAAAAACACAAGAGAAAAUUACAAAUUAUAGUGCCUUUUUUCAUAUGUAUAUCUUAUAGACAGAAUGAAAAGAGGGAUGAAAGUGGAAAAAAGAAAACAAAGAUAAGAUUGAACGAUAGAUUAUUUGAUUACAUAACCAUUUGACUGAAUUGUAUUGUACUUUGAUGCCAAUGGUUGUUGUUGUUGUUUUUCUCUCUUUCCUAUCCAGAUGAUGUGAACUUUGCUAGUUAAAUUCAUUGUUAUUCAUAACUAUGAUCAGAUCUCUCUCUAUAUAUACAUGUAUUAUUUAUAGAGAGAGAUACAAUUGAGAAUUGUAUUGUAACCCAUUCUAUCUUUGUCACACAUACCCACACACACACAGGCAUACAUAAUGAAAGACACUAAUGAAGUGGUUCAUUAAUUACUUAAUAAGAGAGACAUACUAUCAGUUGUAUAUUGCAUACAAAAUGAAUUUAAUUUUUUCAAGGCAAUAUAAACAUUUGUCUUUCUUGUACUACACAGUAUUGGUUCUCUAUUCUGUUAUUAUAGGUUAUCUAACUUGUUUGGAGUUUUUCUUUGAUUUCUCUUUACUUCUUGUUUACUAUUAUUUCAACUAUUGCUGUGAUCUUCUCUCUCCCACAUUGUGGGUAAUAUGAAUUCACAUUUUAUUGUAUCCAUUCCAAUGUUGUACACAUAUGUACACACAAACGCACGCACGCACAUGCAAAUCCUGAUUAUUAUCAUCAGUUAUUAAAACCAUUAUUCAAUCACCGUUUUCCUAAGUCAAUGCGCGCACAUAAUGAAGGUUUGAUGAAACAUAAAAUUAAAUUCCCCUGAACCAACUUGUUUAAAACUAAUUGUGUGUGUGUGUGUACAGAUCUUUCACUUUAUAAAUAUAUUUGACAAGUUGUACGCAUACUGUUGUUAUGAAGCAUUGUAAAUGUUCUUUUUCUGUUUAGAGAGAUGGUUUAUUUGUUUUUGUUUUGUCAGUGAAAAACAAAAGCCAUUUGUAAUUCUUCUAUUGACUUGAAUCCACUAUUCCUAUUUGAUAUUGUUGUGCUUGGUAGUUGAUUUUCAUGAUCAGUUACCCAUAUAAGUAUAGAUCAUAUGUAUG